AUGAUUAAAUUCAAAAACCAAAAUCGCUCUUUCAGUGAUGACCGAGUUAAGUCCUUCCUUCCCAUUUUCCUCCCCUCCUUUCCUGCCUUCCUUUUCGGUCAGAAGCUGACUGUCUUGAAACUUGUUGCGCAGUGGAAGGCUGCGCACCUCUCCCUCUCUCUACUUUGCGCAGUAGCGAUUUUCGUUCUUGGAUGGAUCGGCAAGCCGGGUCGAUCGUCGUUGCGUUGGAGGCUUUGUGAAGUUCUCCCCCCUCUUUCCCCCCCCUUUUUUUUCCCUUCCCUUCCUCUUCUCUUUCCUGUUGCUCGGUUGUUGACUACGCUUCAGCCACUUCUCCUUUUAUUCCUAAGCCGUGUGUUGGAUUCCGUCGAAUAGAUCGUUCGUUCGCGUUGGUCAAGAUCUACGGCAUGGAUCGGGAAGAAAGGUCGCUCGUUUUUUUGGUCAAUAUCCUCGCGUCAAGGCGAGGCUUGUUUCGUUGUAUUGGAUCGUUUUCGCUCGGCCCCGACGGCUCAACAGCCAGCACUCGAGACUCAGCCAAGGGAGGACAUCAGGCGCUGUCGGGGUGACGAGUAG